AUGCCAAGUCCGUUUUCCAUAACUUUUAUAAUCUGUACUAGUUACAACUGUCAUUACUACCUAAUUUCUAGCAGGCAAGCCAUUUUAUUCCAACAGCUUCUAUAAAUCCGGGAUAAAGUCCUGGGUUUCUUAGGAAUUCACUGCUUUUGAGCAAAAUACAUAGUUAAUUCACUUUAAAUGUUUAGAAGUGCAAAUUCCUGCAUUUCUAAAGGAUGACCUUGAAGGAAAUUAAGAGAUGACUUUCUUGUGUUCAACACUUGGUCACUUUUUCCCGUAAUAACCAUGUCUUAGAAAGUUAUUCUAAUUCUUUGGUUAGCGACUCACCCCACCCCUCUAUUUUAGUCUGAAAAGGCUCAAGUCAAUGCUUUCUCCUUUCCCUUCCAGUGUCCAAGGCAGACCUGUAGGGCUCGGCCCGGGGUUCUGCGGCGGAGAUGGCAUCCAGUCCGCUGCCGGGGCCCAACGACAUCCUGCUGGCGUCGCCGUCGAGCGCCUUCCAGCCCGACGCGCUGAGCCAGCCGCGGCCAGGGCACGCCAACCUCAAACCCAACCAGGUGGGCCAGGUGAUCCUCUACGGCAUUCCCAUCGUGUCGUUGGUGAUCGACGGGCAGGAGCGCCUGUGCCUGGCGCAGAUCUCCAACACUCUGCUCAAGAACUUCAGCUACAACGAGAUCCACAACCGCCGCGUGGCGCUGGGCAUCACGUGUGUGCAGUGCACGCCGGUGCAACUGGAGAUCCUGCGGCGUGCUGGGGCCAUGCCCAUCUCAUCGCGCCGCUGCGGCAUGAUCACCAAACGCGAGGCCGAGCGUCUGUGCAAGUCGUUCCUGGGCGAAAACAGGCCGCCCAAGCUGCCAGACAAUUUCGCCUUCGACGUGUCACACGAGUGCGCCUGGGGCUGCCGCGGCAGCUUCAUCCCCGCGCGCUACAACAGCUCGCGCGCUAAGUGCAUCAAAUGCAGCUACUGCAACAUGUACUUCUCGCCCAACAAGUUCAUUUUCCACUCCCACCGCACGCCCGACGCCAAGUACACUCAGCCAGACGCAGCCAACUUCAACUCGUGGCGCCGUCAUCUCAAGCUCACCGACAAGAGUCCCCAGGACGAGCUGGUCUUUGCCUGGGAGGACGUCAAGGCCAUGUUCAACGGCGGCAGCCGCAAGCGCGCCCUCCCGCCGCCACCCCUGGCCCCCCAGAAGGCGAGUGGCGGCGGCAGCAGCAGCCCGGUCAGCCCAGUUCACCAUCCAUCACUGGAGGAGCAGCCCUCCUACAAAGAUAGUCAGAAAACUAAGGAAAAUAACCAAGUUAUUGUAUCUACAAAGGAUGACAACAGCUUUUCAGAUAAGAACAAGGAGCAUAGCUUUUUCAUCACAGACUCUGAUGCUUCUGGAGGAGAUUUUUGGAGAGAAAGAUCAGGUGAACACACACAAGAAACUAAUUCACCUCAUUCACUCAAAAAGGAUGUAGAAAAUAUGGGGAAAGAAGAACUUCAGAAGGUUUUAUUUGAACAAAUAGAUUUACGGAGACGACUGGAACAAGAAUUCCAGGUGUUAAAAGGAAACACGUCUUUCCCAGUAUUCAAUAAUUUUCAGGAUCAGAUGAAAAGGGAACUAGCCUACCGAGAAGAAAUGGUGCAACAGUUACAAAUUAUACCCUAUGCAGCAAGUUUGAUCAGGAAAGAAAAGCUUGGCGCCCAUCUUAGCAAAAGCUAA